AUGUAUUUCAAUGAUGAGGGAUACUUCAUUCUGCGAUUUCACUCUAUGGAUGAUAAAGAUUUGGUGCUAACGAAGGGCCCCUACACCAUUCACAAUAUGCCUAUGCUGUUGACGGACUGGAAGCCUAAUUUUGACCUUAAGAAGGACAUGCUUCGUACGAUACCAAUUUGGGUCACACUCCCCCAUCUGCCACUGCAUUUAUGGGGUCAGAAGAGUCUGAGCAAGAUUGGUAGUGCUCUGGGUACCCCAAUUGUAACAGAUGAAUGCACAGCGAAUAAAUUACGGGUCUCAUACGCACGCAUACUUGUAGAGAUGGAUAUCACAAAAGCACCAGUUACUGAGAUUAACAUUAGGGAUGCUGAGGGUAACAAGAGAAAGCAGGUUGUUGAAUAUGACUGGAGACCGAAAUUUUGUGAAAGAUGCCAACGGGUUGGUCAUAACUGCUUGGAUAAUGCUCAGAAAAAGCCAGUGAAGCAAUGGAAGCAAAAGAGUAUACCAAAUGAUGCUGAAAUGGGGAAGGCUACAUCCUCAGUGAUAAUUCCUCAACAGAUUACCACUGAAGAAGAGGUUUGGACCACCAUAGAAAGGCACAGAAAGGGGAAAGCCAUUGUUAAUGAAGGAAUACCUCAGAUUAGACAUGACAAUUCUUUUGAUCCACUAACUCUUGAGAAUGAGGGGUUAGUGAGUAAUGGAGGAUGA